AAUGUAUAGAUCUGAAUCAGAAGUUUCUAAAUUAAAUAUUAGAAAUAAGUUUAUUGAAGCAGCAGACAAGUUUAGCAUAAAUUAAUCUAAUCCAUAAAUAUUAAAAGAUUUUUUUGAAAAUGGAAGCCAAACUUGCAGAUCCUAACAUAAAAUCUCAAAAAAUAAACUUACUUCUAGAAAAGUUCAAAGACCCCAAUUAUCUCAAGAAAAUGAUAUUUCCCAUGAAAGCCAGGGAGAUUCUUAUAAGAGUAUAACAGAAUUUAGGCUCAAUGAAUUGUAUCAUGAAAGUAAAUAAAGAUAAAAAUAAUAUAAAUAAAAAUAUGACACUCCUUUCAUUGAUAAUGGGGAUUAAUUAUAAAGAAAAGUAAAAAAUUUGGUCAAGUUAGGUAAUUUAUAGAAUACUAUUUUAAAUGUAGUUUCAUUUAAACUACAGUAAUGA